CAGAAUUACGGCUAAGAAUAUCGUAUAUCAAAAGCGAUAUAACAAUCGAUAUAUUAAUUGAACGUGAAUUUAAAUUAAUAUAUUGUGUGCCUAUGAAUAUGCAAACACUUGAUGGCAACGUUCAUGUUAUAAAUAUAUGCGAUCCAUUGUUAAUGGAUAUAAAUUAAAUUAAUAAAUAUAGAGAUUAUAUUACUGUAAAUAAAAAUUAGGGAACAAUGGAUAAUCCAAAUGUGGUUUUAGACGAAGACUAUCUGUCAGAGGAAGAGCCCGGAGAGACAAUACGAUUGAGACCUUAUUUAGAUUGGAGAUCGGAAGAGGAGCCGUCAUUCCCUCGGGUGAGCUCUCAGGCGCCGCUCUCUCCGAAAAUGCCGGGACUGGAAGAGGACGACGAUAUAGAGGAAGAGGAGGCGCUGGAGAGGGGGAACUGGACGGGAAGGUUCGACUUCUUACUAUCACUACUCGGAUAUUCUGUUGGCUUAGGAAAUGUUUGGCGAUUUCCUUAUCUCUGUUAUAACAACGGCGGCGGCGCAUUCCUGAUCCCAUUCAUAGCGAUGAUGCUUUUGGCCGGUUUCCCAUUGAUGUUCAUGGAGUUGGCGUUCGGCCAAUACGCCAGCCUU